GUUCUGAAGAAGAAGGAGAUGGGAAACCUCAUAGUUUUUCUUGUUUUCUGUUUUUGUGUGUAUUUAUUAAUAUACCUUGUCAAGUUGUUUUACAAAGCAUGGUGGAUUCCAAUUCAUUUACAAUCUGUUAUGAGGUCAAAGGGAAUUAGAGGCCCUUCUUAUGUAUUCCUCCAUGGAAAUACCAAAGAGAUUACACAUAUGAGAAAUACAAUCAUGAAUGGUCCAAUGGAAUUAUCCCAUGAAAUGCUUCCAAGAAUUCAACCUCACAUUUAUUCAUGGAUCAAGCUUUAUGGACCAAACUUUCUGAAUUGGUAUGGCCUUCAAGCUCAACUAGUUGUCACUGAGCCUGAGCUAGUCCAAGAAGUGCUGAAUAAUAAAGAAGGAGCAUAUCAAAAAAAGAUUAUCCAGAAUUAUGCAGAGAAGCUAUUUGGAGAUGGACUUGUAGCAUCUAAAGGAGAAAAAUGGUUGAAAAUGAGAAAAUUAGCUCAUCAAGCUUUCCAUGGAGAGAGCUUGAAAGGUAUGGUUCCUGCAAUGGUUGCGAGUGUGGAGACCAUGCUCGAUAGGUGGAGGCAAAAUGAAGUGAAAGAAAUUGAGAUGUUUCAAGAAUUUAAAAUUUUAACAUCAGAAAUUAUUUCCAAGACUGCUUUUGGAAGCAGUUACUUGGAAGGGAAGAAUUUAUUCGAUAUGCUCACAAAAAUGGCAACAAUUAUAGCUAGAAACAAUUUUCAAGUCAGAAUUCCUGGAAUUAAAAAAAUCCUGAAAACUCCUGAUGAUAUUGAAUCAGAAGAACUUGAACGAGGCAUGCGAGAAUCGAUCCUGAUGAUGAUGAAGACAAGAGAAGAAGGGGUGGUGAAGGGUAAAUUGGAAAAUUAUGGAAGUGAUUUUCUUGGAUUACUUCUAAAAGUUUAUCAUGCUAAUGAUUUGUCCAAUAAAAUAUCAGUACAAGACCUGAUUGAUGAGUGUAAGACGUUCUAUCUUGCUGGACAUGAAACAACUGUAAGUUCACUCACCUGGACUAUUCUUCUUUUAGCAAUCCAUCCAAUUUGGCAAGAUAAAGCAAGGGAAGAGGUUAUCAAAUUAUUCGGCAAGCAGAAUCCUGGUUCAGAUGGUAUUGCAAGAUUGAAGAUUAUGAGCAUGAUUGUCAAUGAAUCCUUACGGUUAUACCCCCCAGUUUUCAAUAUCACAAGGGAAGUUCAAAGAGAGGUCAGAUUGGGGAACGUAAUAAUUCCAGAAAAAAUGGCUGUGUGUCUCCCAAUUCUUGCAGUUCAACAUAACUCAAAAGUAUGGGGAGAAGAUGUUAACUUGUUCAAACCAGAAAGAUUUGCAGAUGGAGUUGCCAAAGCUACAAAAAAUAAUAUUGCAGCAUUUCUCCCAUUCGGUUCAGGGGCUAGAAGUUGCGUUGGUUCGAAUUUUGCAACUGCAGAAAUAAAGAUUGCACUGUCUAUGAUUCUACAGAAUUACAGGUUUACGCUGUCACCUACUUAUGUCCACGCUCCAAUACAUGUCCUUACGAUAUGCCCACAAUAUGGACUGCAAAUCUUGCUCGAGGCUUUGUAAAUCAAAAUUUGAGGACUAACAUAUACUUAUAAAGAUACGGUCGGAAAACGUUUUAAAGAAUCUUAGAUUUUAUUGAUUUGAUCCAUAGGUAGAGUUAUAUGGAUCCGUUUAGGCAAGUUUUUUUCUAGUCGUAAAUUAUAUGCAAUUGAGAUGAAGGUGGCAAUAAAUUGCAAAAUAUUUGCUUCAUAGUA